UUCUGGACGCAACCGUUUGCGAUUCGGUGCUCUUCCUGCUCAGACUGAAGAACGAUUAAAUACCUGCAAAGAUGCCGCGCGUUUAUAUCGGCAAGCUUAGCUAUCAUGUUCGAGAGAAGGACAUCCAACGCUUUUUUAGCGGUUACGGCAAAUUACUCGAGAUCGAUCUGAAAAAUGGGUAUGGUUUUGUAGAGUUCGAAGACACCCGUGAUGCCGACGAUGCUGUUUACGAAUUGAAUGGAAAGGAGCUGUGUGGGGAGCGAGUGAUCAUAGAACAUGCCCGUGGACCAAGGAGAGAUGGAUAUGGCUAUGGAGGACGCAGUAGUGGCUACAGCAGCAGAAGCCGCACCGGCAGAGAGAAGUAUGGGCCGCCUGUGCGCACAGAAUACCGUCUCAUUGUGGAAAACCUAUCCAGCAGGUGCAGCUGGCAGGAUCUUAAGGACUUCAUGAGGCAGGCUGGCGAGGUUACCUAUGCUGAUGCCCACAAGGAACGAACCAAUGAAGGUGUCAUUGAAUUCAGAUCCCGCUCAGAUAUGAAACGAGCCCUGGAAAAGCUGGAUGGGACCGAUAUCAACGGGAGGAAGAUUCGUCUGGUGGAAGACAAGCCUCGGCGCCGUCGCUCUUAUUCUGGUAGUAGAUCCAGGUCUCAUAGCAGGCGUCGCUCUCGUAGCAGAAGCCGAAGAAGCAGGAGUUCCCGAAGCCGAUCCAGGUCUCACUCCCGCUCUCGGUCUCACAGCAAGCGCAGGUCUCACUCAAGAUCGGGAAGAAAGUCGCGAUCCAGGUCCCAAAGAAAGUCCCACUCCAAAUCUCCAGAGAAGUCCCGCUCACGCACUCGCAAAUCUCGCAGUCGCUCCAAGAGCAACAAGUCGCGCUCUCGUUCUGACACCCGCAAGUCACGCUCAAAGAGCAGAUCCAAAGUCAAGUCUGAGCGUGAAUCCCGAAGUCAGUCCAAGGAGAAAUCUGUAAGUAAAAAGUCUCAGAGCCGUUCUCCGUCCCAUUCCGAAAGUCGAAAUGAGAAGCGUGCCAAGUCUGCAUCCAAAUCUCCUUCUCCUACGGAGGACCGUUGCCCUUCAAAAUCCCCAGCCAAGCGGUCAGCCUCUCGGUCCCCCUCACGCUCUAAAUCCCGCUCUAGGUCUAGGUCAGCGUCCCAAGAUUGACCGCUUCUUUGGCAACCUAUUUAAGUUGACAUGGAUUUGUAUAGAGUUCUACUUCGCAUCCCUUUCUUAUGGUCAGCAGCCUUUAACAUCCGCUGGUGUGUUCAACGUUUUAACAAGUCCAAAAUGAUUUGUACGAAGGACUUAGGAAGAUAAAAGGUCUUAUCUUUUUGUUGAACUGUUCAUUUUGAAAAUAUUUUGCUUUUUCAGGUGUUCUUUGCGAUAAUGUUGGGUUUUGGAAAUGUUGAUAUUCUUUUAAUUUUCAAAAGAAAUGGGAGGGGAAUUGUGAACUUACUCACCUCUUAAAAUUGAUUAAUGGAGGUAGUUGUCUCUCCAGCGUUUGUUUUAUUAGUUGCAAUUUAGCAUUUUGAGUCAGCAACAAAUGUAAGGGAAAGCUGUCACUCUGACUUUCAUUCUAAUGGUAUCGCAUUUGUGUAAUUGACGUCUAAAUUAAAUGUGUAGAAGUUCAAAUAAAUUCAGUUUCACAAUUUGCAUGUUUUUAAAUCUUUUUUUAAAACCCAUUGUUUUCCUCCAGACAUAUAAACGGAUCUUUUGAAGCUACCAUUUCCAGUCAUUCAUGUCUAAUUUGAAAUAAACAAAUUAAAUUUU